GUAUAUAAUUUUCUUCAUUUUUGUAAUGCUUCUUAACUGAUUUUUAUGGCUAUAAUACCACUAAAAUCUUGGCAUUUAUUUAAAUUCACAGAAAUACAUUUCAACUUUAGUUGUUUGUAUAUAAAAAUUUGUUUAAUAUUCCUAAUGCAAUAAAUUACCUUAACAAACAUUCAGUUAGUUUUGAAGAUGAGACAGGCAUUGGGGUAUUAUUUUGUGUUCGCAUUUGUGACCUUAAUGAAUGGCCAUCAGUUCCGCUGUGACUACAAGUACUUCCCGCAAGCUGAAGGCUGGCUGAAGCUACACAGGAUCCCUACUAAUUGGCGCGAAGCGAGACUGAGAUGUCAUUUAGAAGGUGGUAAUCUGGCCUCUCCGUUGGAUGCCGGCCUGAGGCUAGCGAUGCAGGCUGCGAUGCAACAAGCGGAAUUAGUAAAGAGUGGUGUUUUCACCGGCAUCAGUGGAUUCUUCUCAAGAGGGGAUUUUCAUUCUAUCGAGGGCAUUCCACUCUCUCAAAUACCACACACAUGGUACGGAGGCGAACCGGAUAAUCACAACGAUAACGAAAGCUGCAUACUGAUGGUGAAUAACGGAGACCUGGCUGAUGUCAGCUGUGCAGAGACCUUCCCGUAUUUGUGCUACGGGAAGGCCGGCAGGGCUCUCGUUACUAACAACUGCGGGACUUUCGAUAACGAGUAUCAGUUCGACAGCCGCACGGGCAGUUGCUACAAGUUCCACAAGGUGCCGCGCACGUGGUCGCGCGCCUACAUGGCGUGCGCGGCCGAGGGCGGCCACUUGGCCAUCAUCAACAGUGAUACUGAGGCUACGGUUCUCAGGGAACUGUUUGCAAAGAAUCCGGCAAGUUCCAUGGUAGGUAACUUCUGGAAAGACGUCGCCUUCAUUGGAUUCCAAGAUUGGGGCGAAAAUAGGGAAUUCCUCACAAUUGAAGGGCAAACGCUAGAAGAGGCAGGCUACGCGAAAUACGCAAGCGGUGAGCCGAACAUCGCGGAGAGAGGCAACGUCUGCGGCGCCAUCUACCGGAGCGCGCUGUUAGAUGACCUGUGGUGUAAUAGGAGCCCCUACGCCUUCAUCUGUGAGAAGAAACCAGAAAACCCUGUCUGCCACGACUGACGACAACUGUCAUAAGAACGAAAAAAAAAAUAAAGUAUCAUAGUAUAUUUAUUUCAUGUAUUGAAACGCCGCCGGAGGAAUUUACUGUUGGAAA